AUGUCAUCUCUCAAUACCCUUUUCCCGGGACAGCCUCCAGCGUUUGAACCACAUGUGACUAUAACAUCAAAUGUGGCUAUCAACCUCAAUGAGCCAGACAAGACCAGAGAUGAUGUUGACAAAGUCUUGGGAGCAUGUGUGGCUGCUUUGAGAGCUCUGCCGAAGAAUGGUGAGAAUUUAAUUACUUUGGGCAAAGUCGAUUCACAACGCAAGUAUUUCAAAAAGUUGUAUUUUGAGGCCUAUCGCGACCCCUCCCUAGUACUGUUUGCACAGAUUAUUCGUGAGCUUUUUGUUAUUAUUCCACAGGAAAUGGAAAAGGAAGAACAAAAGCGCAAUCCACAACUUUUUACGACAACUCCAGAUGGCGCCAUCACCCGCAAGAAAUCAAAGCUGAAACAUACAGUCAAGGAAAAUCCCAUUGAUGAUUCGGAGAUACGUCAGAAAGCUCCCAAAAUGGCCGCCGAAUGGGCAGCGACAGAAUUCCACCCUCAUCUCAGUUUGGUCUAUUCGGAAUUCCACCCUAUCAGUAAUGCUAUGUGGCGCACCAUCCGAACAAGAAUUCAAGACUAUUUGGACGUCGAGGAUGUUGACAAUUCAGGUCUUUCAUGGGAUGGAGGGGUGCUCAAAUUGAUUUUAUGUGAAGGUGACGUGGCCGAUUGGGUGGUGUUGGGCAGUGUGGACAUACAUUAG